AAAAAAAGACAUAAAUAUUAAUUAAAAUACCCAAGAAAAAAAAAUUAAAAAAAAUAAAGAGAGAUAAGCGUUUAGCAAAGCAAAGCAUUGGCAUUGCACAAAGAAAGACACCCUCUUUCUCCUCUACCUACAACUUUAUCUCAUAAAUUCAUCAAUACCCAGAAAACUCAAAUAAUAACUAUUCAUAUUCUUUGAUUUUUUCCAACCCGUUUUACCCAUUUCCAGAAAUUUAAUUAUUUGUGUUUUGUAUGUUUAAUAAACUCAGUUUCAUCCCCUUUCAAACGGAUUAAAAAGAUAGAAUUUUUCUGCAUUUUUUCUGUGUAAUUUUGUUGCAGAUGUAAGCAACUGAAGAUCUGUGGCCGAUCUUUGUUGGGAAUAAGACUGUUUAAAGUCUAUUUUUGUUGAUUUUUGUGCCCGAUCCUUGGUGGGUUUGUUGCUCAAAAGAAGGAUCUGAAAGGUGAAAGGGAUUAUGUUGUAAUCUCGAGGGAGCUAAUUUGUAUGGGUGGACGAUGCCAGAGCUGCGAAGUGGAGCACGAAGAUCGAAGAGGCUUGGUGAUCUUCAGCAGCCUGCCCCUGAAUUGAAUGAUCAGGGUGAGAAUCUUCUUCCACCUACACAAAACAAAACGAGGCGAAGAGGUGGUGGUAGAGGGAGAGGUGCGAAUGCUGCAGCUGGUGUAGCUAAAGGGGCCCAAGCAGCAGUAGGAGCCAGGCAAACCGGUGGUGCUGGUCGUGGUCGGGGUGUUAGAGUAAUAGAUUUAGACCCUGAAGUUCCUGGUGAAGGUGCUCAGGUUGCACCUGUAGGAGUUGCUGGUGCCGCACAAAAUCGAGUGGAGGUUGCCGCUGAUAAAGAUAUUCCAAUGGAGGGAGCAAGUGGUGAUAAAUUGGUGGCUGCUGAAGAGGAUACUAACCUUACACCUGUUCCUGAAAGGGUUCAAGUGGGCACUUCACCUGUAUAUAAGAUUGAGCGGAAGUUGGGUAAGGGUGGUUUUGGCCAGGUUUAUGUUGGCAGAAGAAUGGUUGGUGGUAGUGACAGGAUAGGACCGGAUGCUGUUGAGGUUGCUGUAAAAUUUGAACAUCGUAACAGUAAAGGUUGCAAUUAUGGCCCUCCUUAUGAGUGGCAGGUUUACAACUCCUUGAAUGGAUGCUAUGGCGUUCCUUCUGUUCACUACAAAGGGCGGCAAGCAGAAUUCUACAUUUUGGUCAUGGACAUGCUUGGACCAAGUCUAUGGGAUGUUUGGAACUCUCUAGGACAAUCGAUGUCUCCCAAUAUGGUAGCAUGCAUUGCUGUGGAGGCAAUAUCAAUCUUAGAAAAACUUCAUUUGAAAGGUUUUGUGCAUGGCGACGUUAAGCCGGAAAAUUUUCUUCUCGGUCAACCUGGAACUGCAGAUGAGAAGAAGUUAUAUCUUAUAGAUCUUGGUCUAGCAUCUAGAUGGAAAGAUGUAUCAUCUGGGCAACAUGUUGAAUAUGAUCAGAGGCCUGAUGUAUUCAGGGGAACAAUAAGAUAUGCAAGUGUCCAUGCACACUUGGGUCGAACAGGCAGUCGGAGGGAUGAUCUUGAGUCAUUGGCAUAUACUUUGAUCUUUCUUAUUAAAGGAAGGUUACCAUGGCAGGGUUAUCAAGGAGACAACAAAAGUUUUCUUGUUUGUAAGAAAAAAAUGGGCACCUCUCCAGAGUUGAUGUGUUGUUUUUGUCCUGCCCCAUUCAAACAUUUUCUUGAAGCUGUGACUGUCAUGAAAUUUGACGAGGAGCCAAAUUAUGCAAAACUUAUAUCACAUUUUGAUAGUCUAAUUGAGCCCUGUGCACCACUUAGACCUAUUAAAAUUGAUGGGGCCCUUAAGGUGGGCCAUAAACGAGCGCGGAUGCUCCUUACCAUGGAGGAAGAUGAGCAGCCAAAGAAAAAAAUACGAUUAGGUAGUCCAGCAACUCAGUGGAUUUCAGUUUAUAAUGCUCGUCGUCCCAUGAAGCAGAGAUAUCACUACAAUGUUGCCGAUGCUAGGCUUAAACAACACAUUGACAAGGGAAAUGAAGAUGGAUUGUAUAUCAGUUGUGUGGCCUCAGCUACUAACCUGUGGGCCCUAAUAAUGGAUGCGGGAACUGGUUUUAAUUCUCAAGUGUGGGAACUAUCAAACGUCUUCUUGCAUAAGGAUUGGAUCAUGGAACAGUGGGAGAAGAAUUUCUAUAUCAGCUCGAUAGCUGGUGCAUCCAAUGGAAGCUCUUUGGUGGUUAUGUCUAAAGGGACUUCUUACACUCAACAGUCAUAUAAAGUGAGCGAUUCAUUCCCAUUCAAGUGGAUUAAUAAAAAGUGGAAAGAAGGAUUUCAUGUAACUUCCAUGACAACGGCUGGUAAUCGUUGGGGAGUAGUAAUGUCUAGAAAUGCAGGAUUUAUUGAUCAGGUUGUCGAGCUAGAUUUCUUGUAUCCGAGUGAGGGGAUACAUAGGAGAUGGGAGAGUGGCUACAGAAUAACUUCCAUGGCUGCAACGCCUGAUCAAGCAGCCUUUGUGCUGAGCAUUCCAAAGCGUAAAACGACAGAUGAAACGCAAGAAACUUUGAGAACCUCUGCCUUUCCCAGUACUCAUGUAAAGGAAAAGUGGGCAAAAAAUCUUUAUAUUGCUUCAAUAUGCUAUGGCCGAACCGUGUGCUGAUUUUGUGGCAUGUACAUAUCUCACUGAAGAUUUUUAAGUGCGCUCUCAAAAGGCUGGAACGGGCACUAACAACCGCUAUUUUGGGUGUUAGAGGGCGAGCCUCUUCUCAAUGUCCCAGGGGUAUACAGGCUUCCAUAACGAAAACCCCUCCUGUAUUUGUAAAAGGUAUCCGUAUAUAUACCAUUUGAGAGAUAGGGAACCAGAAAAUGGCUAAAAAGCGUUCAUAAAUUGGAAGAAUGCGACCUGGAAGCCAAGAUGAGUUAGAGGGUGUAAAAUUCUGCCUGAAAAAGACCAACUGAUAUUCAAUAUGGAAAUGGUAUUUUGUUCUUUCAUAUAAAUGGGAGAAGAAAUUCCGGCAGAGAUUAUUUUCACUGUAACUCCUAAUCUGCUGGAAUCUAUUUGGUAAUGAAAAAUCUUUCUUUAAUGUUAAACAUUCUUGCCUUGAUAGUUUGCUUAUAAAAGCUUGAAACCAUGAAUUUACCGCGAAAAA